AUGCAGUACUGGGCCAGGAGGCUGGAGCAGGAGAUUGAUGGAGUGAUGAGGAUAUUUGGUGGAGUCCAACAGCUCAGAGGGAUCUACAAUGAGAACAGAAACCUGUUUGAAGUCAAAGAGAACGUGCCCAGGAAAUUGGUGGAGAAGGUCGCAGGGGACAUCGAGAGCCUCUUGGCCAAGAAAGUCCGGGCUUUAAAGAGACUUGCCAACGCGGCGGAGAAGUUCCAGAAGGCUCACCACUGGCAAGACAACAUCCGGGAGGAAGACAUCGAGUACUACGACUCCAAGGCCGACACCGAAUACGACGAUCCCGACGGAGAAGAGAUCGAGAGGGAGAAGUCCAACUCCUUGAAGCUGGAGUUCACCGACGACGCCAACUUCAAGACCAAGGUUAACUAUUCGUACGCUGCCGUGCAGAUCCCCACGGACAUCUACAAAGGCUCCACCGUCAUCCUCAACGAGCUGAACUGGACGCAGGCGCUGGAGGACGUCUUCAUCGAGAACCGGAAGGAGGAUCCCUCCCUGCUCUGGCAGGUGUUCGGCAGUGCCACCGGCGUCACCCGCUACUACCCCGCCACUCCAUGGAGAGCCCCCAAUAAGAUCGACCUCUACGACGUGCGCAGGCGGCCCUGGUACAUCCAAGGCGCCUCCUCCCCGAAGGACAUGGUCAUCAUCGUGGACGUGAGCGGCAGCGUGAGUGGCCUCACCCUCAAGCUGAUGAAGACCUCGGUCUAUGAGAUGCUGGACACCCUCUCGGAUGAUGACUAUGUCAAUGUGGCCUCGUUCAACGAGAAGGCGAAGCCGGUGUCGUGCUUCAAGCACCUGGUGCAGGCCAACAUCCGCAACAAGAAGGUCUUCAAGGAGGACGUGCAGGGGAUGGUGGCCAAAGGCACGACCGACUACAAGGCUGGCUUUGAGUACGCCUUCGACCAGCUGCAGAACUCCAAUAUCACACGGGCCAACUGCAACAAGAUGAUCAUGAUGUUCACAGACGGCGGUGAGGACCGGGUGCAGGACGUCUUUGAGAAGUACAACUGGCCCAAUAAGACGGUGCGGGUCUUCACCUUCUCCGUGGGGCAGCACAACUACGACGUGACCCCCCUGCAGUGGAUGGCCUGCGCCAACAAAGGUUACUACUUCGAAAUCCCCUCCAUCGGCGCCAUCCGCAUCAACACGCAGGAGUACCUGGAUGUGCUGGGCAGACCCAUGGUCCUGGCCGGGAACCGAGCCAAGCAGGUUCAGUGGACCAACGUCUACCAGGAUGCCCUGGGGCUGGGCCUGGUGGUGACAGGAACACUGCCGGUGUUCAACCUGACAGAAGACAGCAGUGACAGGAAGAACCAGCUCAUCCUGGGUGUGAUGGGGAUCGACGUGGCUCUCAACGACAUCAAGAGGCUGACGCCGCGAUACAACCUGGGGGCAAACGGCUAUGUCUUCGCCAUCGACCUGAACGGCUACGUCCUGCUGCACCCCAACCUGCAGCCCCAGAUCAUCAAUUUCCGUGAGCCGGUGACGCUGGACUUCCUGGAUGCCGAGCUGGAGGACGAGAACAAGGAGGAGAUCCGGAGAAGCAUGAUUGAUGGGAACGACGGGCAGAGGUUCAUCAAGACCCUCAUCAAGUCCCUGGAUGAGCAAUACAUCGACGAGGUGUUCAGGACCUACACGUGGGCUCCCAUCAAAAGCACCAACUACAGCCUGGGGCUGGUUCUGCCACCCUACAGCACCUACUACAUCCAGGCCAACCUCAGCGACCAGAUCCUGCAAGUGAAGUUACCAAACAUCAAAAUGAAGGGACGGCACCUUGGUGGCCGUGGCAGUGGCAGACCCGGUGGCUGGUGUGAUGGCCGAGCCUGCAGCACUGCGGGCAGCAGAGGGCUGGGUGCCAGGCAGUCUGCAGAGAUGCCCAGAGCCGGCUGCCCCGGCGGGGUGACACUUUACGGGAGCGGUGGCACGUGGCCACCAUCGUGUCCCUUGGCAAGCCGAGGUGCUGGCAGCACGGCUGGCGCCUGCCCCGCCGUCCCCGGGGGGAGAACUGACCUUGCCUUUUCCAUCCUCGCGAACGACAAACCUUGUCCCCCAAACCCCAGAGAGUAUUGCAAAGACCUCGACUUGUCGGAUAACAACACCGAGUUCCUGGAAAACUUUAUUGCCCUCAUGGAAAAGGUGACCCCAGACUCCAAGCAGUGUGACAACUUCCUCCUGCACAACCUGAUCCUGGACACGGGCAUCACGCAGCAGUUGGUGGAGCGGGUCUGGAAGGACCAGGACCUCAACACAUACAGCCUCCUGGCUGUCUUCGCCGCCACUGACGGGGGCAUCACCCGUGUCUUCCCUAACAAGGCUGCAGACGACUGGGAGGAGGAACCAGAGCCCUUCAACGCCAGCUUCUACCGGAGGAGCCUGGACAACAAGGGCUACAUCUUCAAGCCGCCCUACCGGGACGCCGGCUACCGGGGGCUGGACCUGGAGAACAACACCAUCGGGAUCCUGGUGAGCACAGCCGUGGAGCUCAGCAUCGGGGGCAAGACGCUGAAGCCAGCAGUGGUGGGGGUGAAGCUGGACCUGGAGGCCUGGGCUGAGAAGUUCAAAGUGCUGGCAAGCAACCGGACGGACCGCGACCAGCUGGGCGCCCGUCGGUGCGACCCCUCGACCAGCUGCGAGAUGGACUGCGAGGCCAACAACAAGGACCUCAUCUGCGUCCUCAUCGACGAUGGGGGGUUCCUGGUGCUCUCCAACCAGGAGGAUCACUGGUACCAGGUGGGCAAGUUCUUCAGCGAGGUGGACGCCAACCUGAUGUCUGCCCUCUACAACAACUCCUUCUACGCCCGCAAGGAGUCCUAUGACUUCCAGUCUGUCUGUGCCCCUGAGGCCCAGAGCAACACAGGCGCUGCACCCCGCGGCGUCUUUGUGCCCACUGUGGCCGAUCUCCUGAACCUCGCCUGGUGGACCUCAGCUGCAGCCUGGUCCCUCUUCCAGCAGUUCCUGUACGGCCUCACCUACAGCAGCUGGUUCCAGACGGAGGAGGUGGCAGGGGACAGCAUGGAGGCCAGGGAGACGAGCUGCAUCAUGAAGCAGACACAGUACUACUUCAGCACCGUCAACGCCACCUACAACGCCAUCAUCGACUGCGGCAACUGCUCCAGGCUCUUCCACGCGCAGAGGCUGGCCAACACCAACCUGCUCUUCGUGGUGGCCGACAAGCCCAUCUGCAGCCAGUGUGAGUCUGUCAAACUGCUGCAGGCGGAGGUAAGAGCCCCCCCGAGGGAUCCCAACCAGUGUGAGCUGGUGGACAGACCCCGCUACCGGAAAGGCCCCCACAUCUGCUUCGACUACAAUGCAACAGAAGAUACCUCAGACUGCGGCCGAGGGGCUUCUUUCACCCCCUCCCUGGGGGUCCUGCUCUCCCUGCAGCUGCUGCUCCUCUACUCCAGCACCAGCCGGCACCCGUUGCCCCCGGCCGCCUGCCUUUAGCCUCCCCCCCCUCCCAAAAAAGCCACCCCGCCAGCUCUCUUUUCUUUCAAGCUCCCAUCUCCAUCCCCCUCCCCGGCCUGGUGGAGCGAUGUCCCCUCCGCCGCCUCGGGGACCCCCGCGAUGCCGCAGCCAAAGAAGAGUCGGGGUGCGGGCAGGGGCUCCCCGGCAGAGCGGGGACCGGGUGGGUGCCCCAGCGUCGUGCCCUCCCGGCCGCUCGGACUCGGAAAGUGGCGUCGGCACCCUCCGCCCGUGACACCCCCCCAUGCCCCCCCCGCCUCCCCAUAUCCACCUCGCCUAUUUUUUUAGCCUGAAGAUUUUAAACCAGAUCUUUCUACAUCGAGUUUCCGACAUUUUCGCCUGGAGACCGGCGGUGUUUAUUGUCAGCAACGAGGACACA